AUGUCUUUGCCGAUCCGGUCCCUGUCGCUUACUCUGCUCUCUGUCACUACUAUCAUUGUCCUCGGCGACUAUCUCUACGUCGAUGGAGGCGAAGUAGCCCAGCUCUACAGCGGGCAGAAUGCGUCAGCAACCCAUCCUUCAUACCCGAUGAACGGCACCAUCUCCAUCCCCCUCAAGACCUCGUGGACGAACGCUCCGCCACCUUCAAGUAAUCCCCAAAAUCCGCCCCGCUCUUCAAACAGCAAGGCACCUGGCAAGUUCUCUACCGAUGGAUCGGGCAGCGGGUCGUGGGGCGAGGAGACUCCCCGGGGGGAUGCCGUUGUCGAGCUGACCAAGGCCGUGCGGGCCAGCCAAGGGUCGUGGGCGCAGAGCAGAGACGUGGGAUACUUCCUCGGCGGCUAUGCCAGUGAGUACACGGAUACGAGCGUCACGGGCGAUACGUGUCUCGCGUUGCCAAGGCUCUUGUCGUAUAAUAUGGUGACGGGUGAGCUUGCGAACUCGUCCUCUGAGGGCCUCGGCCCAUAUGGUACUUUGGUUGGUGGUGCUGCCGAGUAUCUUCCCUUUGGGCCGAGCGGGGUGCUGCUCUUCCUCGGAGGACAGUCGCCCGUGGCAACGCAGAACUGCGCUUGGACGGGGACGGACUUUAACAACCCGACGAUUUACAUAUCGGUGCCAAGAAGUGGUACUCGCAGCAGACAACAGGAGCGCGGCCCACCCGGCGCGAGCGUAUCGUCCAAAUCUAGACCACCUCUCUUUAAGCAGGGCACCCAGAAAUUUUAUCCACACUCGACGAUGGAGAGGACGGUGCUGACGCCGCCGGCCAGAGUACCGUCGAAGAUGGUGGUAGUGCCCCACGGCUACUGCCCGCCGCCCAAGGCGCAUGUCGUCGUGUUCCGCGGCGCGCCGACGGGGAAACACGUCGACGCAUAA